UCAAGUGUAGAUAGCGCGACCGUAACUCUCCGAAGCGCAGAUGGCGUAUGCUUAAAAAGUAUAACUUUAAAACUGGAAAGAGGACAAACCAUCAUCAUUUGUUACAGGAGUGGAGAACUGCUCUGAUUUGAAAAAGCAGCAUUUUUUUUUAAAUGCUUUUCCACAUUUUCGACAUUUUCAGAAAUAAAACACGUCAAGAGGAAACGUGUUUUUAUGUGCGUGUUUCCUACAGCACUUGAAGACAAUUACAGGAAAUCGGUCCUGAACAGCUAAAGGCUGUACGAGGGGAGGGCAUGAUGUCUCCAUCAAGGACUGAACUAGAGGAAGCCUUGUGUCACUACAUGACACACACCCUCAACAACAUCAACAUAGUGAGAGAUUUCUAUGAGGGGUUCUCUAUAUGGAAGGACAAGAGGUGCAAGGAAAUCAACAGGAUGAAUGGCAUCAAAGACAGGGCUGACGGACUGAAAUUCAGUCAUGUUAUAAAGUCAGAACACAAAUGCUGCGCCUUUUGUAAUUUUUUGAGCCUCAACUUCAGGCAGUUGUGUGCAGACAGGUGUGAAGAGUUGAGACAGGAGCUGGAUGGAGUGUUGAAGAAAACCCUGGAAGGUCUGGAGAACCUCCACGGCUUCCUGGAUGCAGUGGAGAGGCUGGCUGUCACCUCACCAAACAUUUUCAUGGAGAACCAGGUGUUACGCCUCCCUGAAGACUUCAGACAUGUUCAGGUUGUCAUCACUGCUGCAACAGAAAUCUGCCCUCGUCUGCUAGUGUUUAAAAGAGAUGCCAAAGUCUUCUUCACUCCCAAACUUCAGAAUGUUGAAGUGUUGAUAUAUCAACUGGACAAAUACGUGCAGAUCACCAAGAAGAUCUGUAAGACGUUGGAGAAAAGAUGCUUGAAGGUAUUUGGCAUGAAGCUGACCAACAAACCUGUGAUAGACAUGAAUGUGGAUUUGUCUGAAGAAGAGAUUCAGAGGAUGCUGCAUCACAUUAACCAUCUUUGUGAAAUCAGAGAAGACCAGAACUUCCGCACAGUCUUCUUGUUCCAGGAUGUGUAUUAUUCUGAUUUCAUCCAGGAGUUCAAUGAGCAACAGCCCAGGAUGCUGCAGUUUCUAGCUAAGCUGGAUAAAGCUGCUGAUCAGCUGGAAAAAAUUAAAAAAAGAUCAACGAUCUCCAGUUUGACAGGCAGCUCAGUGGGGGCAGUUGGAGGUGUGCUGUCCAUCGUUGGGUUGGCAUUAUUAUCUUCAGCUUUGAUUAAUUCUGGUGCAGUGUUGGGAGUCAUAAGCGGUGUCAUUGGUAUUGUCACCACUGCCAUAGAGGCUUUAGGUAAUUAUGUGCAACACGUUAAAGCCGACGAAGCCUCUCAGAGCUUCAUGGAAGGUGUGAAGUGUCUGCAAGAUUGUCUGGAGGACAUGAUCAAACAACCAAUCCCAAGUCUAGAAGCAAGUACAUUAGAUGGGACCUUAGCAGCAACCAAGAUUGUUUUAAAGGUUCGUGGUAUUGGAAAGGUUGUUGAUGUUAUUCUUGAUGCUGCCUCUGCUGUUAAGCAGGUGGCCUUAGACUUUGACAUAGGUCUCAUCCGUUUGAAUGCUCUCUUCAUUGGCAUGGAUAUAUUCUUUAUAUGUAAAGACAUUGUCAGUCUGACCAAAGGCUCCAAGUCUGAAGUCUCACAUUUCAUCAGAGCCAGAGCUGAACUUUGGAAAUCUGAGAUGGAGUCAUGGAAGAAGAUCCACGAUUGUCUGGACAAAGGUCUGCAAACAUCAGAGGAAAAGCGUGCUGUCCUGGAGAAACCAUUUUAUCAUUUAGGAAAUUCACUGAAUCUGGUCACAUCCAAACUGAAAUCAAAGAGAGUCGGUAAAGAUCAUUGACUGUUUAAAUAUGGAGGCAGAAGCACGUAGAGCUCCCCCUGGUGACUGGCUGCAGUAUAGGUCAUAAGCUCCACCCCUCCAUGUUAGUGGAUGGAAGUUAGGCCAAACUAUUAUUCUUUAAGGUUGAUUUCUGACAUUUUAGGUACGGAUGAGUAUCGUGAAGGAUUUAUCCGACGCUGAUACUGUGCCUGAACUGGUGUUUUAAAAAUGACAAACUUUGCCCCAAAAUGCUGCUUUUUUAUUUUUAAAUCAUUUUGUGAGGUGCAAGUUGAAUAGAAUAUCGCUUUAAAUAAUAUAAAUAAAACUAAGAAGUAAAUGAACCAAUAAAAACUAAAAUUCACAACAGACUGUUAUAAUGAUGUAAAAAAAUAAUAAAAACAGUGGUGUGGGGUCUGUCAGGUUAUCAAAGAAAAAAAAGUCUAUGCGUUGUCAGAUUCCAGGUAUUAACUCUCUAGCACAAUAUCUCCUUAGAGCACUUGUUGCAGGUUACUUAUGACGAGUGUGAGUCAGACCUUACCCCAGAUUCCACGGCUCCACGGUCAGUCGUGACAAUUCAUGUAGGUAUUCUGGAGGUUCACUGUUCACGUCACAUGUAGCAUCAGCACAGCAAUAGACCUAAGGAGGCUAAGCUAAUUAAAAACUCACUGGCACCAAAUGAAGCACCCAGAUCAGUCUGGUUACUACCGUCUGAGUCAGCACCGGGGCCAUUAUGGUACAGAGUAUCUGUACUCAUCCCUAAUUUUAGGUAGUUAAUAUAAUGCUGAUGCAUGUUCAGUUGUCAGUUUCUGAGAAGUUUUGUUUGAGUUAUGCUAUAGAACCAUUUAUAUGUAACUGGUGGUGGUAGAGUUUGUCCAAUGGGAGGAAGUGGGGACGUGUUUCCAUUUUUACAGUCUAUGGUAUUGAUCAUGUAGUCGUACCUUUACUUAUUUUGUCAAAUAAACACAAGCUUUGGUAAGUGACCAGCUGCAUUAAAUCGUUACAUUUCAAGUUUUUUGCACAUUCUAUUCUUUCACUGAUUGAAGUUUUCUUUUUAAAUUUCUGAAAUGUUGUGUUAUAUUAAAUGUUGUGUUUUUUAUUCAUUUUUUUAAGUCACAUCAUGAUCUACAUACUUUUACUGAGCAGAGGAAUUGUGUUUCCAAAAUCAGCAUAAAAAACACAACUCACUUUACAGCUCAUUUAUGUAUCAGUGAAAUUUGUUGUACAGAUCAGUUAAUUAUAAAAGUAUAAUGAAAGAAAGAAUAAACUGAAAGAAAAAAAAGCA